CAGGCUUGGCUUUGAAGAGAAGCUGGCGCCAGUGUUUUUGUGUGCUGUGAUGUGACUGCUGCUGCAGGAAGCUAUUCAGAGAGCAUGGGCCAGCUGGAAAACCAUGAUACGAAUGUAGUGACCUAUGACGACGUGCAUAUUGACUUCACCUGGGAAGAGUGGACUUUGCUGGAUCUUUCCCAGAAGAAUCUCUACAAAGAUGUGAUGCUGGAGACUUACAUGAACCUCACUACUAUAGGAUACACUUGGGAAGACCAUGAUAUUGAAGAAAAUUGUAAAAGUUCUAGAAGACAUGAAAGGCAAGAAAGAAGUCAAACUGUAGAGAGACCUUCUGUACGUGCUCAAGGUGUAAAUGCCUUUGCAUAUCCCAGUACUAUUCAACUGCAUGAAAGACCAAAUACUAGAGAGAAGCCUCAUAAAUGCAAUCAAUGUGUUAAAGCCUUUGCAUAUUAUGGCCAUCUUCAAAUGCAUAAGAGAACACACACUGGAGAGAAACCCUAUGAAUGCAGUCAAUGUGGUAAAGCCUUUUCAUGGCACAGAAGUCUUCAAAUGCAUGAAAGAACACACACUGGAGAGAAACCCUACGGAUGUAAUCAAUGUGGUAAAGCCUUUGCACAAUACAGUCAUCUUCAAAGACAUAAAAGAACACACACUGGAGAGAAACCUUAUGAAUGUAAUCAGUGUGGUAAAACCUUUGCCGAUCAUAGUUGUCUUGGAAUACAUAAAAUGACCCACACUGGAGAGAAAUCCUAUGAAUGUAAUCAGUGUGGUAAAGCCUUUGCAUAUUACAGUCGUCUUCAAAGCCAUAAAGGAACACAUACUGGAGAGAAACCCUAUGUAUGUAAUCAAUGUGGUAAAGCCUUUGCACAAUACUGUCAUCUUCAAAGACAUAAAAAAGCCCAUACCGGAGAGAAACCCUAUGAAUGUGCUCAAUGUGGUAGAGCUUUUGCAUGGCACAAAAGUCUUCAAAUGCAUAAAAGAACACAUACUGGGGAGAAACCCUAUGAAUGCACUCAAUGUGGCAAAACCUUUGUAUGGCCCAGAAGUCUUGAAAUGCAUAAAAGAACACAUACUGGAGAGAAACCCUAUGAAUGCACUCAGUGUAGUAAAGUCUUUGCACAACAUAGUAUUCUUCAAGUGCAUAAAAGAACACAUACUGGAGAAAAACCCUAUGAAUGUAAGCAAUGUGAUAAAGCCUUUGCAGAUUACAGUCGUCUUAAAAGGCAUAGAAGAACACACUGGAGAGAAAUUCUGUGAAUGAUUUCAGUGUUGCAAAGCCUUUACAGAUCACAAUAGCCUCCAAAUACAUGAAAGAGCCCAUACUGGAGAGAAACCAUAUGAAUGUAAUCAGUGUGGUAAAGGCUUUGCCGAUCACAAUAGUCUUCAAAUACAUGAAAGAACCCGCAUUUGAGAGAAACCCUAUGUGUGUAAUCCAUUUGGUAAAGCCUUUGUAUAUCACAACGCUUUUCUUUUAUUUCUCCUUUCUAUUUUAAUAAAAAGAAAAAUG